UUGGAUUAAAAAACUGAGGAAGGGUAAAAAGUAUAUUUAAUUUAUUAUCUGCUUUAAAGAGUAUCCCUUCUAUUGCUGUGACCUUUGCAUAUCAUUUUUCUUGUGUUGUAGUAAAAAGGAAUGUUAGAAGAAUGUUGUCGCUACCAUGUGUCUUUAAAAACACUUGAAGUCAAAGAUACCUGUAAGUGCAAAGGAAAGUGAAAUUUCCUUCAGGUGACAACACAGGUUAGGGAAAACAAAUGUUUUGAAGAAUUUUAGUCAAUCACCACUAAUGUUUCCACUGACUUCUUCCUCCUGGGGUAAGGGAAUUAUGUUUACUGUUCUGCAGAGAGCAACAAAGUAGCAAAAGUAUAAUACUGUUAGGUAACAUUGCUCUUUGAGACCUGAUUUAGGGUUUUAACAAGCAAGUUUUACUUUUGAUGUUCAGUGUAGUAAUGGCUAAAAUAGUUCUUUUGGCUUAAGCAAACUAGUUUUAGAAACUGCUAUUAUGAAAGCAACCCUAUACAAAAUGUUGAAAGUGUUCCACUACUUUUCAGUUUUUUUUUUUUUCUUUUUCCAGUACAAUGUAAUAUGCAAUAAUAUAUUGCCUUCUUAAAGCAUACGGCUCUUGUCCGGAGUAGAAUUUUGAGUAUGUACUUGUUUAAUAUUAUGUUUGUAUCUGUGUACAGAAAGCAUAGAAACAAUGUUGGACCAAGCAAACCUGUUUCUCAGCCACGAAGAAACAUUGUAGGCUGCAGAAUACAGCAUGGCUGGAAAGAAGGGAGCGGACCUGUAACACAAUGGAAGGGCACAGUUCUUGAUCAAGUUCCUGUAAAUCCCUCUCUCUAUCUUAUAAAGUAUGAUGGAUUUGAUUGUGUGUAUGGACUAGAACUGCACAAAGAUGAAAGAGUUUCAGCACUUGAAGUCCUUCCAGACAGAGUUGCUUCAUCUCGAAUUAGCGAUGCCCACCUGGCAGACACAAUGAUUGGCAAAGCUGUGGAACAUAUGUUUGAGACAGAGGAUGGCUCAAAAGAUGAAUGGAGGGGAAUGGUCUUGGCUCGAGCUCCUAUUAUGAACACAUGGUUUUAUAUUACCUAUGAGAAAGAUCCUGUCUUGUACAUGUACCAACUCUUAGAUGACUAUAAAGAAGGUGACCUUCGCAUUAUGCCUGAUUCCAGUAAGUAGGCCAGUUACUUUUUUCUUCUG